AUGCCUAAUAGCACGCAAACUCGCACCGUUUUGAACGACAGACAAUUUCAGAUUUUAUCAGCGGCGCUGCAUAAGGUGGCUCCUCAGUAUUCGAAUGCAUAUGUCAUGCUGACUAUACUACAGGCAUUUUAUCAGACCGAUGAAGCUGUAGCUCAAUUAGUGAUUGAUACUGGACUGACGUCUGCGCAGGUGAGGAAUUGGUUCAAUCAUCGAAGACGGGUCUUACGCGAAAAGGAAUUCGAAAGACGACGAAUAGCGACUAAACAACAUCGACAAGAUAAUAAGCAAAACUCAAACUACGUGUACUCGUGUCCACUAGACAGCGAAAGUUCAUCCGAAAUUGCAUCGAAAUCCUUAUGCCCUUCGAGUGCAUCAUCUCAGUAUUCUACUAGCAAACCCACCUUACCGCCCAUUUCUUCGAUGUUUCCCGAAAUAUUCAACAGCGAAUAUGAUUAUACACUUCCUCCACAUGUUCAUCCGAUCGAACUACCGGCACAUGUUGAUUAA